AUGACUCUGACUAAAGCUCUGCUGUACAUGAGGAUCAUACCCCUGCUACCCUGGCUUGGGGUGCUUCUGUCCUUUUGUGAAUACACCCAGGCUGAAGACCCCCAAUAUCAGAGUACCCCAGAAGUAGUGAUUCCUUUGAAGAUACCUGACACCAGCAGAGGCAUGAAGCCUUCUGGCUGGCUCUCUUACAGCCUGCGUUUUGGGGGCAAGAGACACAUUGUCCACAUGAAGGCCAAAAAGUAUUUGCUGUCUAGACACCUCCCAGUGUUCACCUACACAGACCAAGGUGCUCUCCUCGAGGACCAACCCUUUGUUCCAAAGGACUGCUACUACCACGGUUAUGUGGAGGGGGACCCAGAAUCCCUGGUUUCUCUCAGUUCCUGUUCUGGUGGCUUUCAAGGAUUGUUACAGAUAAAUGACUUUGCUUAUGAAAUUAAGCCCAUGACUUUUUCUACUAAAUUUGAACAUCUGGUAUAUAAAAUGGAUAGUGAGAAGACUCAAAUUUCAGGCAUGAACUCUGAUUUUAUGCAAGAGGAAACUGUAUCCCAACUGGAGUCUCAAAAGAUUAAUAAUUCUACUCAGAAGCAAAGUGCUUAUUCCAGCUGGUGGGUCCAUAUGUAUAUUAUGGAAUUAGCAGUGGUGGUGGACCACAGUCUAUAUGUUCAUAUAAAAAAGAAUAUUUCAAAGUUUAAUGAGGACCUAUAUGCUAUGGUAAAUAUAGUGGAUUCCAUUUAUGAUGGAAUGGGUCUUAAACUGUCAUUGUUUGGUUUGGAGUUCUGGACUGAAAGAAACUAUAUUCAAGUAAAUGAUGUACAUAGAUCUCUGAGAUAUUUCUGCGUUUGGAAAAAUAGAAACUUUGGUUUGCGCCUGCAACAUGAUACUGUACAUCUUUUUAUAAAUCAAACAGUACGAGGAAUGAGUGGUUUAGGUUAUCGUAAUGGAAUGUGUCAGCCAUUGCAAAGUUGUGCAAUUAUUACUACUACAAAUAAAACCUUGAACAAGAUUGCAAUUGCAAUAGCUCAUCAUCUUGGCCAUAAUCUGGGUAUGACUCAUGAUGAUGCCUUUUGUAAGUGUGGACAUCCUAAAUGUAUAAUGCAUGUUUCAAACCCACCAGUAACUGCAUUUAGCAAUUGUAGUUAUUCUUAUUUUUGGUCAUAUAGUUUACAGUUCGCACAAUGUUUGUUCUACAAGACACAUCCAAAGGACAUAUUUUCAAAGAAGCGUUGUGGGGAUGGUAUUGUUGAAGAAGAUGAGGAGUGUGACUGUGGAUCUUUACAGAGUUGUUCAACAGAUGCCUGCUGUCUGACAAACUGCACUCUGGCUUAUGGGUCUAUUUGUGCUUUUGGGCUUUGUUGCAAAGACUGCCAGUUAUUACCACCAGGAAUAAUGUGUAGAAAAGAGGUCAAUGAAUGUGAUCUUCCAGAGUGGUGCGAUGGAAGAUCCCCAUUUUGCCCAAAGGAUGUAUAUGUGGAGGAUGGAAUUCCCUGUAAUGAAAGUGCCUAUUGCUAUGAAAAGAAAUGUAACAACCGCAAUGAUCAGUGUAAGCAGAUUUUUGGCAAAGAUGCAAUAAGUGCAAGUCCUAGUUGCUACAAUAGCAUGAACACUCGUGGUGACCGUUUUGGGAACUGCGGCAUCCUCAAGUCUACAUAUAUAAAAUGUAAUGUCUCAGACAGCCAAUGUGGGAGAAUUCAGUGUAAGAAUGUGACCCAAAUGCCCCUUUUGAGAGACCAUUCCACCGUGAUUCAUACUCACUUCAAUAAUGUCAUCUGCUGGGGUAUCGACUACCACUUGGGGAUGACCAUACCUGAUCUUGGAGAAGUGAAAGAUGGCACAGAGUGUGGCCCAGAACAUAUCUGCAUGAACAGGAAGUGUGUCCAUUUAUCUCGCUUGGAUAGUAAUUGUACGCCUAAAUUCUGUAACAUGAGGGGCAUUUGCAACAAUAAACAUCACUGCCAUUGCAACUCUGUCUGGGACCCACCCAACUGCCUCAUUAGGGGCAAUGGAGGUAGUAUUGAUAGUGGCCCACCCCCUAAGAGAGAAAAGAUAAAGAAGAAGUACUUGUUAAUAGCCUCACUUUUUUGGUUGCUUCUUUUAUUAUGUUGUCUUCUUUGUCUUUGUAUGAGGAGAAAGAAAAAAGAAGUUCCCGCUCAACCUGAUAAACAACCGCAAAUGGUUCCACCUCCACCUGCAAAGCCACAGAAAAAAGUCCCACCUCCACCCGCAAAGGCACAGAAAAAGAUUCCACCUCCACCUGCAAAACCCCCGCAAAAGGCUCCUACUCAGCCUGCCAAGCCACCGCAACAGGCUCCGACUCAGCCUGCAAAGCCACAGCAAAAGCCUUCAGCUCAGUUUUCAAAAUCACAGCAACAGCUUUCAGCUCAGUCUUCAAAAUCACAGCAAAAGCUUUCAGCUCAGUCUUCAAAAUCACAGCAAAAGCUUUCAGCUCAGUCUUCAAAAUCACAGCAAAAGCUUUCAGCUCAGCCUUCAAAAUCACAGCAAACUCUUAAGAGUCAAUCUAGCGUAACAGUUGGCCCAAGUGGGAAACAAAGGCCAUCAGUCACAAAGAAUGUACCCAAAUAA